AUGUCACGUGACCAUUCCUCAGGCCGACAGUCCCAUCGCGAUUCCGGUCGGUAUUCAACACACAGUUCCGUGUCCCGCUACGGACACGAUAGACAUCAGAGCAAACAUUCUAACGGAGAGGUAAAACGAAAAAGUCAUCCUCAUCGUAGCAGCCAGUAUCGUUCAGAUUCAAAAUAUGAAUCUAAAAAUGAUCACCGUCAUCGGGAGAACAAAGAAUCACCUAAGAACUCUCUCUCGUCUGAUUACGAACGGUCCUCACAUCGUUCGCAUAGGAGACGAAAAAAACGAGAAUCCACAGAAAGAAACGGUUCUUCUAGUUCAUCGUCCACUAGUGUGGCCGGAAAUGAUGCCGACGAAGAGGAGGUGGAGGAGGAAUCCAGUCUUCAUCUUAAAGCUAUGGCAGUUGGUGUGCCCAAAGAAUUAAUGGCCAUGUCACUGGAGCAGCUGCAAAAGUUGCUUGAGGAGAGACGUCAGAAAAAAGCUCUGCUCAAAGUUCUUGAAACGCCUGAAGAGAAACGAGCCCGACGACUGGCCAAGAAAGAGGCAAAAGAACGCUGGUGUCGCGAGCGAAUGGGGUGGGACCAGGAAUAUUUGGGCUAUACGAAUGAAGAUAAUCCGUUCGGUGAUCACCGACUUUCGGAGUCUUUUGUGUGGAAACAAAAAUUGGAAUCCGAAGGUUUGUCUCACUUGUCCAAAGAGGAGAUUCAAGCACUACAAAAGAAAAAAAUGGAAGAGAACAAGUUGGAAUUGAAAUCUGUGCGAAAACGCCGUGCUGAACGAGAACGGGAACGAGAAGAACGAGAGAAAGAAUUAGAAAUGAUGCAGCGGGACAAGGAAGCUGAAUAUUAUCGGUCAUGGGAACAACAAGAAGAUACAUUCCAUUUAGAACAGGCCAAACUUCGUUCCCGAAUUCGUAUUGCUGACGGUCGAGCCAAACCGAUUGAUCUGCUGGCCAAAUACAUCACGGAUCAGGACGAGGACGUGAUGGAGUUGGCCUCUGCCGAUCUGUCCGGCGCCAUCGAAGUUCUGGAACCUACCCAAUUCUUGGUGGGUUUGGGUAUGGAUGAUUUGGAGGACUUGUUAGAGGACAUCAAGGUGGUGUACAUGCAGUUGGAAAAGGGUCGGAAUGCGGAAUACUGGCGUGAUAUUACCACAGUGGUAGAAGAUGAACUACACAAAUUGCGCCGUUUGGAGGGUGGUGCAUGCGGAGCGGAUAGUCGUGGACGAACUUCGGCCACAAUAAGCCAAUCAGUCAUGCAAAGUGUAGCAGAAACACUCAAGGGAAAAACGUACAGUCAUUUGGCUGCUUUGGAACGACAGAUUGAGCCUAAACUUCGCGGAGGUGAAGGCGUUGAUGUGACCUACUGGGAGACCUUAGCACAGUUUGUGCGCGCUCAGAUGGCUCGCACUCGUCUACGUGAUAUGCACCAAGAAAACUUACGUCGUAAACUGGAAUUUUUGCGCCAGUCUCAAGGCAUUAUAGCCGAACCCCUAUUCCCCAGUGGAACUGAUAGUGUUCCCAAACCGGCCGAGCCUCAGACGACUGGAGAACCAUCCACAUCACAAGACAGUGCCGCCCUGAUGCCUCCACCUCUCAAAAUACCUGGCAAGCGGCUAGAUGUGUUAGAGGAACCAGAAGUAGUAGAACCCGAAGACACCCUGGCAUUGACUGAUCCUCACAGCGUGGAGGCCAUACGAGCGGCUCGAGCCGCACAAUUGGAAGCUGCUUCUCGAAUGGAGGAGGAGUCGUACGAUUCCGCCUGUUAUUCGCCCUCGCGUGUUGAGCCGUCCGAUUUGGAACUGGACGCGGUUGUGUACGAACCGCAAGAUGACGAGGCGAAGAUCGAAUUCCAGCGAAAACAAGUUUUGCGAACGGGAGCAAUGCGGGCAUCCGAAGAAGAGGAACUCAUGCGCCGAGCUCGUGAAGGUAUGGAAGACGGCGAGGAUGCACAGUUCUCCGUCAUGAUUCCAGUGGAAGAUCAGUCGUUUCUGUGGUCGGAUAAAUACCGCCCACGAAAACCGCGUUUCUUCAAUCGAGUGCACACCGGAUUCGUGUGGAACAAAUACAAUCAGACUCAUUAUGAUUUGGACAAUCCACCGCCUAAAAUUGUCCAGGGUUACAAAUUUAAUGUGUUCUACCCGGAUCUGAUUGAUAAGACGACACCCCCCACAUAUAAGUUGACUCCAUGUGAAGAACCGGGCCAGCGGGAUUUUGCCAUUUUGCGUUUCACUGCCGGACCACCGUAUGAGGAUAUAGCGUUCAAAAUUGUCAAUCGCGAGUGGGAAUAUUCAUACAAACACGGAUUCCGAUGCCAGUUCCAGAAUAAUAUCUUUCAAUUGUGGUUUCAUUUUAAACGGUUCCGUUAUCGUCGUUAG